AUGACGGGCAAGCAGUUGUACCAAUCAGAGCGCAAGAAAGGGUAUAAGGGCGGGUUUCCCACUCCUCUCAGGUUUUGGAGCCGUAUGUCUGAAGACGUGGAGAGAGAUGCAGAAUGUGGAGAUCAGGAGGCCGCAGGGGCCAACAUGGUUCCAGCUAAGGAAAGCAGACCCCGGGGGAAGAAGAGGGCUUUUUCUUCCGAAGGCCUCUUGCAGCCGGUGAAGAUCAGCAAGGCAACGCUUUACAAGCCCCCUACCAGUGAAGAACUGAGCCGGCUGAAGGAGACUGAGAACCUCUUCCAUUCCAAUCUCUUGCGCUUGCAGGUGGAGGAGCUUUUGAAAGAGGUGAUGCUCAAGGAGAAGAGGAAACAGAAAAUCGACACCUUCCUGCACCAAAUCAAUGCCCUCCUAGCCAAGAUUCCAGAGACUCCUGAGGCCGAGAUUACUGACCAGUCCUGGCUCCCGAAGGAUGUGAAGGUGCCGUUUGUCCAGGUCCCAUUCAGCGUGAAGGGCCGCUUCCGCUUCCUGCCCCCUGUGUCGGUCAAGGUCGUGGGGAGUUAUCUUCUGGGUACCUGCAUCAAGCCAGCAAUCAAUGUAGACAUGGCACUAACCAUGCCCAGGGAAAUCUUCCAAGACAAGGACAACCUCAACCAACGCUACCAUCGGAAACGAGCCCUCUACUUGGCCCACGUCGCCCACCACCUGGCCAAGGAAGAGCUCUUGGGGAGUGUGACGUUUGCCUAUGCCAAUGGCAACCACCUCAAGCCAGUGGUGCUGUUGCAGCCCCAGGGGAAAGACGCCAAAAUGGUGACCGUCCGUCUCUACGCCUGUCCUCCCCAAGACUUCUUCAAGCCCAGUCGUCUGCAUCCCAGCAAGAACAACGUCCGCACUGCCUGGUUCACAGAGAGAGGCUCACCUGUGGCAGGAGAAGUUGAACCGCCAACCCCCCACUACAACAACUCCAUUCUGUGGGACCUGGCGAUGGAGUCCCACCUGCUCUUCCUCUCCGGGUCGGCCAGUGACUUUCCAGGCAUGCGGGAUGGAGUGGCCCUCCUCAAAGUCUGGCUGCGCCAGCGGGAGCUGGAGAAGGGCUUCGGGUGCUUCAACGGCUUCCUGGCGUCCAUGCUGGUGGCGUAUCUGUUAUCCAGGCACCAGAUAAACAAAGUGAUGAGCGGCUACCAGGUGCUGAGAAACGCCCUCCAGUUCUUGGCCACUACGGAUCUCAGUACCUCUGGAAUCAGCCUCUCGAAGGACGGAGACGGCUCACUGCCAACCCUGAGCGACUUCCACAAAGCUUUCCAGGUGGUCUUCGUGGACCCUUCAGGGCUGGUGAAUUUGUGUGCAGAUAUGACUGCCAGCAAAUACAAACAGAUCCAGUUUGAAGCCAAGCGCUCAAUGGAAGUUCUAGAUGACAAGACGGUGGACGGAUUUCAGCUCUUGCUCAUGACUCGCAGACCUCUGAUCCGAGCCUUCGACCACGUGUUCCAUCUCAAGCAGGUCUCAAAGCUUCAGGCGGCCUGCAAGAAGAUGCAGCUCCUCCACGAACUGCUGGACCAUGGUGGGAACUACAUCUCCGCAACUCUGCCUUUCCUCCUCCGCUUGCUGGAACGUGGCCUGGCACAGAGAAUCCUGCUGCUGACGCACUCUCUUCCCCAGCUUCUUCCGUGGCCGAUCGACGCUGACCCCCCAAAGCACAAAGACACCGGAUCCCUCUCAUUUGGGCUUCUGCUGAGUCCUGACUUUGCUAUCAGUGUCCUGGAGAAGGGGCCGGAAGCGGACCGUCCAGAGGCGGUGGAGUUUCAGAGGUUCUGGGGGAAGCGCUCAGAGCUGAGGCGUUUCCAAGAUGGCUCCAUCUGCGAGGCCGUUCUGUGGGACGCGACGAACCAAAGCCAGAAGCGCCUCAUUCCGGAGCAGGUCAUUCGGCACCUCUUGCAGUUACACAUGGACAUUCCAGAAUCUGCCAUCUGCUACACCGGCGCCCUCCUGGAGUCUGUGAUCAAAUUGGGACGUGAGCCAGCGGGCACCGGCGAGGAAGCCAUGGUGGACGUUGUCCGCUCGUACGACGACCUGAGCCGCAAGCUGUGGAACCUGGAGGGGCUACCGCUGACUGUGACGGCCGUGCAGGGGACUCAUCCGGCACUCCGGUACACAGAUGUCUUCCCUCCGGUCCCCAUGAAACCAGAUUACGCCUACUAUGGCAGGAACAAGGAUCGAGAGUCUCUGGUGCCCUUGGCAGAGAAGCCCUGCCCUGCUUAUAUAUCUCCAAUGAAAGUCAUGUGCCACAUGGAGGGGAGCGGCCAGUGGCCGCAGGACAAGGAAGCCAUCCGGCGGAUCAAGGCUGCCUUCCAGGUGCAGCUGGCGGAACUCCUGCAUGGGCAACACCACCUGCUUUGCUGGCCCGGCCCCACCCACACCGAUGUCUAUAAGGACGGCUACGUCUUCCGCCUCCAAGUGGCCUACCACCGAGAGCCACAGAUCCUGAAGGAGACGGUCACCCCGGAGGGCCUGCUGAAGUACCAGGACACCGAGGAGUCCCUGCGGCUGGAAGUGGAGACCCUCCACUUGCCCUUCCUGACCAGCGCUCUUCAUGGCCUGCAGCAGCAGCACCCGGCUUUCGGGUCCACCUGCCGCCUCGCCAAGCGCUGGGUCAGCGCUCAACUGUUGAGCGACAGCCUUUCGGAAGAGUGUGUGGAUUUGCUGGUGGCCUCCCUCUUCCUCUGCCCGGCACCUUACGUUGCACCCAGUUCUCCUCAGGUGGGCUUCCUUCGCUUCCUUCACCUGCUCGCCACCUUUGACUGGAAGAACAGCCCCCUCAUCGUCAACCUGAAUUCUGAACUCAAAGAUGAAGAUUACUUGGAGAUCAGGAACGACUUUGUGGCUGCCCGGCCUCGCCUCCCGGUCAUGUUUAUUGCUUCCCCGCGGGACCGUCAGAACUCGGUGUGGACUAAGGAGAGACCUUCUGCACAGUUGCUGCUGCGCCUCUUUAUUCUGGCUCAGGAAUCUCUCCGGACUUUGGAGGAGCAACUGAUGGAUCCUUCGGGGAGCCAGGAUGUGAAGGUGGUCUUCCGUCCUCCUCUGGAUUUCUACGACGUCCUCAUCCACCUGAACCCCAAGCAGAUCCCAAGGCACCUGCAAGCGGUGGACCGGCCGGUCAAAUCGUUCAGCCGAGGGAUGUUGCCAGGCGAGGCUGCGGUGAAAACCCUGGCUUUCCCGGUGGUGGAUUACGACCCAGUCCAACUCUAUCUCCGGGAGCUGCGGCAGGCCUUUGGAGACCUCGCCCUGUUCUUCUACGACAAGCACGGAGGAGAGGUGAUCGGAGUCCUCUGGAAGCCUUCCAGCUUCGAGCCGCAGCCCUUCAAGGCAUCCACCAUGAGAGGAAGAAUGAUGUUGGCACCUAGCUCAGAGUCACUGACGGUUCCCAACGUGGCGGCUAUUUUAGAGGACUUUGAGAUCUUGGGAGAAGGGCUUGUCAAAGCGGUGGAGGCCCGAACAGAGAAAUGGUCCAUUUAGAACCUUCUGGAA